GUCGACAUCUCAAUGAACUACAACUCCCAUAACUCAGUUUUGGCGGAAAAGCCGAGCCGUUUCCGCACGUGACUUUCUGCAGCCAAUAGAGAGUGUCGUUACAGGCGCAAUGCGGCUGUCGGGAUGUAAGGAGGAAUGGCGACGGUCGAGACGUUUUGGAGGCCAGAGAACAAAAUAAAAAUCUGUCAAAACAAGCUGACCGCAGGAGAAGAUCAACAUGGAAAGUGAAGGAGUGCCGUCCACAUCAGGAGUCACCUCAGACGCUGCUGCCUCAUCCUCUGCUCGACAGACCUCCACCGCUCAGCCGAGUCUUGCAGCCAAACAGAGAGAGAACAGAAAAUCUGCCACCACAACGCCAGCCUUCCUGUCCAACCUGGGAAAACCCACACUGCGAGGCAUCCGCCGGUGCCCACAGUGUGGCAUCUACAACGGCACCCGUGGCCUUAGUUGCAAGAACAAAGCAUGUGGGAUUUCCCUCAGAGAUGGUUCCUCAGGUUCCAGGAGCCAAAAGGCCGCGGUGGAGGUGGUGAAAGUGAUAACUGACAGUGAUGAGGGUCAGGCAGGUGGAGGAGGCGGCUCCAGAGGAGGGGCUCAGGUGUUUUCGGUGUGUUACAGAGGCAGAGGAGCCACGGCUACGCAGCUGGGUUUUGUUGAACUCGUUCCCACUGACACCGCGAUUGCCACAGGUGAUGGAGCCACUUUGCUAACCCGGAUCAACCUGGGUCGGUGCUUCAUGCCUUUGUGCAGGCAGGGUCAAAGGUCAGAGUCGGCGCCAAGCGCAUCCAAACAGGCAUGUUCUUCCGACAGCCUGUGCAUCCACAUCAAGCAGGCCAUGGAGUGUCAGAGCCGAGCGGCUCCUCUGACCUUAAAGAGCUCCACGCUGGAGGGUUUGCAGGCCUCCUUUCAAGCCAGAGAGGAGCUGUGGAGGCUGGCGACGGAGUCCCCGGGACCUCUCGUGCAACGAGUCGCUAAAGACACGAUGGUGGUGAAGUGCCACACAGACGCGAACCAUCCUCUGGGCUUGCUGCAUCUAACUGUUGGGGCUGGCGGGCUGGCGGAGGAGUCAAAGAGUGAGAGAAGAGCCAGAGGGGGGCAGCAGAACGCUGUUUUUCACUGUAGCUGCCAAAGUAACAGCAGAAGAGCCAAACCUGGAGUCGACAGCGCCGCUGGACCCGACAGCAGCUCCAACACUCCUCCCAUCUCGGUCACGCCAAAAUGCUGCCUUCACUUUUACGCCUGUGUGUGUGCCUUUGCCAGUGAUGACAAAUUGGCGUCAGAAUUCACUGCUUUCAUCAAAUACUCCCCCAGGGGUGCGCAGCGGAGCGUGGAAUGUAGAGUUAUUAGUCCCACUGAGAAGUCUGUGCCGCAGCAGCCUGAACUGCACAUCCCUCAUCAGAAAGGAAAAAGACUUCGUCUGGAUGAAACAAUUUCUGGUGGUUCAGGGAACACACAGGUUGUGGAUGAGCGCACAGUGACUUUGACCUUCCAUCGGUGGCUGGCCAGUGUCACAGAGAGGAUCCACCAGACAAUGCACUACCAGUUUGAUGGGAAACCAGAAACCUCUGUGUACUACAUUCCUCAGGAGUUCUUCAACGCUCUGCAGCAUCGCCUUUCACUUGGCUCCAAGAAGAGGAGACUGCCCAACUUCACAACAGCGUUUGUGAGAAAUGACGGGCUCCCCCUGGGUUCUUUCUCAAAGUACACCUGGCACAUCACUAAUCCCAUGCAAGUCAAACACAUCUUUGACACCCCUGAGUUGCCCCUGGAGCUCACUCAGAAUUUUGUGAAGAAUGCUGAUGGCUCUUACUCAUGUUUCCAAUAUGGUGAGCCUCUCCCAAGACCAGAAUUGCCAGAAGCAUACAGAACAGAUCGGUCUCAGGUUAUAAGUCCGAUGGAGCUUCACACUUUCCUCAAAGUUGGACCGAGCACGGGCCGAUCAGAAGAAGCCAGUCCGUUUGUGAUCGAGUGGAUCCCAGACGUGCUCCCUGGCUGUCGGGUGGGAGAGCUGAGGAUUUGCUUUGAAUUUGGACAUCAACAAAGGGGACAGCAGGAGCACUUUGAUGGACACAACCUGAAAAGUAGUGCAACAGAGAAAGGUGCUCAAAACAAGUCAGAAUCCACACCGUCCAAAGCUAUACAGGGUUUUGAAAUCCUUCGCGUAGUUGUCUAAGUGGCCUUCUGAUCUUUUACUUCUCUCUUUAUGCAGUAACCUCCUGUAAUUAACCGGUUUUACUUUUUGGCUGCCACUGGUUGCCACAGCAAAUCUGGUAGAGAUGUUGUGCACAGUGUACGAAUUUGGACAAACUUGGAUUUUUUUUUCUUUUUUUUUUGUUUUUCAAGUGACUGCCAUUUCUGCCGCUGUUGGAAUGAGGCUUGAAAGCUGAUAUAUCACCUGCAUAGCAGCUUCGCAAAUGUACUCUACUUGAACCAUUUCAGUGUUAGAAUUAGUUUCAGGGUUAGAGAUUUUUUUUUUCUGAAAUGCAUAAAUGUUUUUGUAAAUUUGAAUGAUACUGCCACUUCUGGACUACAGCUUUGCACACUUCUGGAAGUUUUGUGUUUUGGAAGUUUUGUCCUCUCACGUUUUUAGAUGGAAUUUCAUGUAACUUGGUACAAAUUCUUGUUAGUAAGUCCCUUCGGCUGCUCCCUUGUUUGCACUUGGGGUCGCCAACAGCAAAUCCAAGGUGGAUCUGCAUGUUGAAU